CCGCCCUAGUGAACAGGAUAAGAACUUGGAAGCAGGGCGAACAAGGCUCUGCAAAAUUUUGAGCUGUUCUAAAGUUGGGCAAGGAGAGCAGUCUUCCGCCUCUCUUCCAACCACACAAUCCCUCCAUUGACACGAGAAAACCAGUGAACAACUCGGGAAUCGAGUUCAAUAUUCCCUCGAGUAUCACACUUCUUCUCUGAGGCUGAGGUUUGGGCAAAGGUCGCCGUGUUGGGGCUGGAAACAGCCCGUCCUAGUCGCGACCACGUCUCUCCUGCGACCCCCGCACCUUUUCUCUUCUAUCCCUCGACCGUUUUCCCUGCCCGCAGCUAGCUCUGCUUUUCAACCACACCCCGUGCUAAGCUGCACAUUCAUCUUCCUUUCCACUCGUCACUACGCAAAGAAGAGGAAAAUGCCUCCCAAGAAAGCUGUUGAGGAGAAGAAGAUCCUUCUCGGCCGCCCUGGCAACAACCUGAAGAGUGGAAUCGUCGGCCUUGCAAACGUCGGCAAAUCCACCCUCUUCCAGGCCAUCACAAAGUGCCAACUGGGCAACCCAGCCAAUUUCCCCUACGCCACCAUCGACCCCGAAGAGGCCCGCGUCAUCGUCCCUGAUGAGCGAUAUGACUGGCUCUGCGAAAAGUUCCAGCCCAAGUCAAGGGUCCCAGCCAACUUGACCGUCUAUGACAUUGCAGGCCUUACCCGUGGCGCAUCCACCGGCGCUGGUCUAGGAAACGCUUUCUUGUCGCAUAUCCGUGCCGUCGAUGCCAUCUUCCAGGUGGUCCGCUGCUUCGACGAUGCCGAAAUCAUCCACGUUGAGGGAGAUGUCAACCCCACUCGUGACCUCGACAUCAUCGCUGAGGAACUUAGGCUCAAGGACAUUGAGUUCGUUGAGAAGGCGCUUGAGAUGCAGAAGAAGAAGACUCGUCAAGGCGGCCAGUCUCUUGAGCAGAAGAAGGCCAGGGAGGAGCAGGAGACGAUAGAGAAGAUCCUAGCCUGGUUGCAGGACGGCAAGGAUGUGCGCAAGGGUAACUGGGGCCCCAAGGAGAUUGAGGUCAUUAACCCCCUCUUCCUCCUGAGCGCAAAGCCUGUCGUCUACUUGGUCAACCUUUCUGAGAAGGACUACAUCCGGAAAAAGAACAAGCACCUUCCUAAGGUUGCGGAGUGGUGCAAGGAGCACGCUGCAGGCGACCCUAUCAUCCCAGUUUCCGUGUCUUUCGAGGAGCGUCUAACUCAAUUCGAGACGGAGGCGGCGGCUCUGGAGGAGUGCAAGAAUGUCGGUGCCGAUUCUGCACUGCCCAAGAUUAUCAUUGCCAUGCGCAAGGCUCUGGACCUGGGCAGCUUCUUCACGGUCGGUACGGACGAAGUGCGACAGUGGACCCUCCGAAAUGGUACCAAGGCACCUCAAGCAGCUGGUGUGAUUCACACAGACUUCGAGAAGACCUUCAUCCAGGCUCUUGUCUACCCUUUCACCGCCCUGAAGGAGCUGGGAUCGGAGGCAGAAUUGAAGUCGAGCGGCAAGAUUGCUACGAAAGGCAAGGACUAUGUUGUCCAAGAUGGAGAUGUUUUGCACAUCAAAGCCGGCGCCGCCAAGAGCUGAGGUUGUUACUUGAUUCCCCCUACACAAGUAGGAUAUGAGAUACCCGCUCAAUCUGGAAGCCAUCCCUGUCUGGCUUGUCCGCCUCCCAGCCAUACUAUCUACUUGAGUAAUCAACUGGUGACUGUACCUAGUAUGAUGAGCUCCUCAUGCUUGCAAUAUAGGUAUCAACCAUCGCCUUUCAAA